AAUAAAUUCUUCAUUAUCUAUCCCUCCCUUGCGCUCUAAGAACCACAGAAAGGAAAAGAAAGGAGAAAGAUCGGUUUAGAAUAGCAAAAUAUGGCCAAGAAAAUGAGUACUGGAGGGAAGGACUACAGAGACCCGCCACCAGCUCCUCUACUAGACAUGGAAGAGCUGAAGCAGUGGUCAUUCUACAGAGCCUUAAUUGCAGAGUUCGUCGCUACCUUUCUCUUCCUUUAUAUUGGUGUAGGCACUGUUGUUGGUUACAAGGGAGUUCAUAACAACUUGUGUGAUGGUGCUGGCUAUCUUGGUGUUGCUUGGGCUUUUGGGGGCAUGAUUUUUGUGCUCGUCUACUGCACGGCUGGAAUUUCUGGAGGCCACAUUAACCCUGCGGUAACAUUCGGGCUAUUCGUAGCAAGGAAGGUCUCGCUGAUUCGAGCAGUGGCCUACAUGAUGGCACAAUGCCUUGGAGCUAUGCUUGGUGUAUGGAUGGUGAUGAUACUCACUGGCAUUCACUACGAUCAGGCCGGUGGUGCCGUCAACGUAGUUGCUCCUGGUUACUCAAAGGGUACUGCCUUAGGUGCCGAGAUUAUUGGCACUUUUGUCCUUGUUUACACUGUCUUAGCUGCAACCGAUCCUAAACGGAUGGCACGCGACUCCCAUGUACCUGUUUUGGCUCCUUUGCCUAUUGGUUUUGCUGUUUUUGUGGUGCAUUUGGCUUUAAUUCCCAUCACUGGCACGGGCAUCAAUCCUGCUAGGAGUCUUGGUGCUGCUGUGGUUAAGAAUGCUAAGGAAAUCUGGGAUGAUCAUUGGAUUUUUUGGGUUGGGCCGUUUGUUGGGGCGCUGGCAGCAGCAGUGUAUCAUCAGUACAUACUGAGAUCCGGAGCCGUUAAAGCUUUGGGAUCGUUCCGCAGCAAUCCUACCAGCUAAGGCAACUCCAUUAUCAUCCAUCGGCUUUCCUUGGUCUUCAUCGAGCCUAACAAUUAGCAAAGCCAUGCUGUUAUUUCUUAGUUUUCAUAUUCCGAACUUUAUGUGCGAUUCUGAUAUGUCUCAACUUGAUAUGUACGUGGGUGUUUUAAAUUUGUACAAUGAAAUUCUUAACUUGUGUGCAUAAUUCCGAAUUCUUUGUUUGCUAAUGUAAGAAACUAGUUAUAUGCUUUUCUGUAUUA